GCUAAAUCUACAGACACUAUGGGAGUGUAGCACUGUACUAUCGAGAAAAGAGUCUGAUAUUUAUUUACAGCCUUUCAAUUUUCACAAGAAUUGCUUUACCUUUGCUCCUAGAAUUUACUUACUAACAGAGCUUAAUCGAGCUACCCUUGAAGUACAUUUUCGACGCCAGUUAAGACAACAUAUACGCUUACAAACUAGAAGGUAUUUGAUUCAUUUUUUCAAACGAAUUUAUCUACAGUAAUAUAAUAUGUGCAUUUUUUCAAAUAUAGGCGUAUUAUCGUAUUUUAGCCUACUAGGUUAAUUUUCAUCGACAUCUAAACUCAAGAAACAUUUUCCUUUCUCAAUAUUUAAAUAAGAACUAAGAAGUUAGUGGUAAUCCCAAUCGGCUUUAUUAAAGGAACGGUUAGUGUUUUCCUAGAGGAUCUAUAAUCGCGCCUCCUUAUUUCGUCUAUUUCGAUUCAACUAUGUCACGUAAAUUAAGUCAAAUGAUGUGUAUGUCGCAGAAAACAAACUUGAAUAUGGAACAUCAUAUGAGUAUAUCAACCAAAAUGGGAAAUCUUGAGCGUAUAAAACCUACAAACGCCAGAGAUGUAUUCCAAACAUGAGUGAAUUUUUUCGUCUAGAUAAGAUGAGUGGGCCUGUCGCAACAGAAUUAUCAAGCAGCUCUCUUCACUCAAGACAGCUGGGUGCCACUGGAAACGGUCUGGAAACGAGCCACGCCCUGUCAAUGAAAAUGAUUGCCACAAACAAACUACAGCUUCAGAAGACCGUGGGGAGACUGGAGAAGAUGCAGAGUCCAAUGAAAACACAGCGCGAUGACCUUUUGUUUGUCGUGGCUAUCAUGCAGGACUGGAUCCAAGUCUUGCACGAGUCUGAGCGCGGUCACAGUGGGGUGCCUGUGUUAAGAUCAGUCAAAGAGGGUUGCAACGAAAUCACGCCUCGUUUGAACAGCAAUACUAGCGACCUUAAUCAAGCUGUACAGCGGCUCAGCAAGGCAAGCGUGCCGCGUAUAGCGCAUGUGCAGAAAUGUCUGAAAGAUUUGAGAAAAGAAAUUCGUGCGGUAUUUGACAACGAGAGCACUUAUAAUGGAAAGUUUGUUGAAGAUCUACGAGGAACAAUGGGCAACAUUAUUGGCACCGCAAAUGCUUUACUUGCACUGUAUUAUCAGUAGAUUCAUUGCCGCAGGCAGGCAUCACUGAAAAAAAUAAUGCAGAGCUA